ACGCGCAUGCGCCACAUUUGUCUCCGCGUAUAUUUGUAAUAAUAUUACUUUUGAUUAUUUUAAUCAAAGAUAAAUAUUGAAUGUGUGUGAGCGGGUGGGUAGACAGCACAAUAAUGACUAGACAGCACAAUAAUGAGUACAACAGCAAACUACGUGGUGGUGGGACAUGUUGUACUUUGACCCUUCUCGCUUGCCGUCGCUGCAAAGAAGCCAAGCCGUGACUGAGAUGAGAAGAAAGAGAAGAUCCCCGCACAGACUUUGAGUGACACAGAAUCAUGUGCGACACAUGACAGAGACAUGGCGCAACAUCACUUCUUUUAUCUGGCUCUAAUGGCCGUGUGUGUGGCUCCUUUGGCAGCGGGACCUGCUGAGUCUCCCUACAAGCAACACAGGAGCCUAAAGAUGGACCAAGCUGUCCUGACGGUCAUCAAUCAGCUGGACACGGAGGUUGUCGUGUCCUGGCUGUCUGAGCGCUGCUACCAGUGUCUCUAUCAGCAGCUGGGUGUAGUCCCUGCUAGGACCAGUCCAGACCACAACAACUCCCAGGACUUCCUGCUCAGCAGCCAGCAUGCAAUCACUCUACAAGUCAACAGCAGCCUGCUCCUCUGCACACUGGUGUUCCACUUUGGAGAGCAUGGCAACUAUUCUCUGUGGCUGAGGAACACCAGCAGGUCUACAGUCAACUGUUCCUUGGAGACUGAUAGAGAAGCAGUCAACAGCUACAUACCCAUCUUGGUCGCAGUCCUGGUCUUUGGAGGAUUGGCCUUAAUGUUUGUUCUUCUGAGAGCCAUCAUGGGACUGAAUGUGGUGAGUGCACUCCUCUUCCGAAUUGGUGGUACCUUUGAGACCCAGAGACUCAUUAACUCUGAACUGGGCUCCCCUGGCAGGACGGUGACACCAGUUACGGACAACAUCCUCCCACCACCUCCCAGUCCCAGCAAGAGGCUGAGAUCUUUGGACACAUUCAGAGGGUUCUCCCUGGUUGUCAUGGUGUUUGUCAACUACGGAGGCGGCCGAUACUGGUUCUUCAGGCAUGAGAGCUGGAAUGGACUGACCGUUGCAGACCUGGUCUUCCCUUGGUUUGUGUUCAUCAUGGGAACAUCCAUCGCCCUGUCAGUCAACUCACUGCUGCGCUCGGGCUGCAGCCGCAUGUCCCUGCUGAAGAAGGUGGUGUGGAGGAGCCUGCAGCUCUUCAUCAUGGGUGUGCUGGUCAUCAACCCCAACUACUGCCAGGGCUCUUUGUCCUGGGAACACCUGCGCAUCCCGGGUGUGUUGCAGCGCCUGGCCUGGUCCUACCUGGUUGUAGCGGGCCUGGAUCUGCUGGUGGCCCGAGGUCACCUUGACAUGCUCCCCACGGAGGCCUGGUGGUCCUCUUGCAUGGAUGUCCUGCUCUACUGGCCUGCCUGGAUCUUUGUGCUCCUCCUGGAGCUCCUCUGGCUCUGCCUGACCUUCCUGCUUCCUGUGCCAGGCUGCCCAACAGGUUACCUGGGUCCAGGUGGCAUCGGGGACAUGGGCAUGUACACCAACUGCACGGGUGGAGCAGCUGCUCUGGUGGACCGCUGGUUGCUAGGAGAGAAGCACAUGUACCAGACACCUUCAUCACGGGUGGUCUACCUCACCCAGGUGCCAUACGACCCUGAGGGCCUUCUUGGAAGCAUCAACUCCAUCCUCAUGGCUUUCCUUGGCCUGCAGGCAGGGAAGAUCAUCUUACACUACAGAGAUCGUCCUUCUAGCAUCAUCUCAAGGUGCCUCAUUUGGGCUCUCUUCUUGGGAGUCAUUUCAGCAGUUCUCACCAAGUGUUCCACAGACCAGGGAUUCAUUCCUGUCAAUAAGAACUUGUGGUCUGUGUCCUACGUGACUACACUGGCCUGCUUUGCUUUUGUGCUGCUGUCCGUGUUCUACUACCUGGUGGACGUGAAGAAGUGGUGGUCAGGAGCACCUUUCUGCUACCCUGGCAUGAACUCCAUCCUGGUCUACGUGGGCCAUGAGGUGUUAGAGGACUACUUCCCCUUCCGCUGGCAGAUGAUCAACACUCAGUCUCAUGCUGAGCAUCUCUCACAGAACCUGCUGGCAGUUUCUUGCUGGCUCCUCAUCUCAUAUCUGCUCUACAGGAAGAAGAUCUUCUGGAAGAUUUAGAAGCUUCCAGAAGAUCUUUCUUUGUUUGUUUGUUUGUUUGUUUUUCUCUUCAUCUUUGCUGAAAACCUCUUUAUGAAGAGAAGGCUGCAUUUGUGUUUCCUCCUUCAUUCUUCUGAACAGGACUCUCAUGGUCCUCACACACA